AUGGAGAAGCAGGCAAAUAUCGACUGCCGCAGUAUGGGGACAUGUUUGGAGAUGUCAGAAUGGGAUGAGGUGGUGUUGACGGAUGGAGGUGCUAGAGGGGUUGUUGUCAUGGCCGCCCCACCAGCCGAGAACGCAAUAUCAUUGUGCCGUGCCGAAGGGAUUGGAGGGAACCUUGGAAGUCGCUUGGGCUCAAAUGGUCUCGACCGUCAACAUCUCUACUGGUUUAUAUUUGAUAUCUCACAUAAAACAUCAAUCACAUAUACCGUGUGCGUUGCGCCUUCGAGAUGGGUCUCUGGCUCUUGCCAGCCAGCCAUAAUUCUUCAACCUAUGCUCCUUGACCAUGGCCUUUCGUCCGUUCCUCCAGUUGGAGAAGUCCUUCCAGGUGACUCCCUUUUCAGCAAAUAA